GAUGAAAUCAUUAGCUACUGCUGCGCUAUUAUUUCUGGUCUUCGACCCAGUGCAGAAUUUACUGACGAUUCGUCUGUCGGGUCAUAUGAAAACUGGGAAAGUAAGCGAUGAAGAACCAAAAAGAACAAACAAUGAGGAGAAUGAUUUUGAACACAACAUAUUAUCAAGCAAAAUUAACAAAACAAAUGUGGAAUAUCAGGUGAAAUUUGAAAAUAUUCUCAAUGCUUCUUACCCAAAUGAUAUUAAACUGCGUCCAAAUGAGGAAACUCCACAGACAUUCGAGUCAAGGAUGAAUCGUCUACUAGUUGAUGAACCAAUUAGAGCCAGACGAACAAGGAGAACCUUGCAUAAAAAGAAGUCCGUAAAAAGAAAAUCCAAAAAAUCGAGGAGAGGGUCCAUUCAUGUGAUACCUAAAAUAAAGUCAAAGUACCCACUUGCCACAUCCUUUGACAAACACGGAAACAUCAAUAGCAACUGGGAAGCAGUAUCGACAACGAGAUCAAAUUUGAAACUGCGUAUCGACUCACCACGAAACGCGUCGCUGUACAACGCGGCAUACAUUAUGGUAAAAUACACCGGAAACUAUUUCGUAUAUGGGCAAGUUUUUUUCCAUGGUCAAAAACACGAAAUGGGACAUUGUUUACACGUAGCUGAUACAUACAAGCCGUGUUCAGAGACAACGUGUGACGACAAAGAAGUCAUGUGUUCUCGAACAGCUGCGGGGCAUCCAGAGAAUGACAACAUUGUCUAUAACAUCAAUACAAACUAUGUAGGCGGUGUUGUGUAUUUGAAACGAUAUUCAACCAUUCGACUCGCCAUUGAUGUUAAACAGAACAUAAACAAGGCAAAAUCCAUUGAACUGGACACAUCGUUAUGUUACUUUGGUGCAUUUUCAGUUUAAAUGUGCAAGGGAGGAUAACUUAUACGUUUGAAUAGAUCUAAGUACGGGAACGUGUUAAAUUGUAGUUAUCUAGGUAUUACAUCUUCCUUUGGAAGUCAUUACUUGCCAAAUUGAAUAAUUGUAAUUGUUUUUUUUAUUAACAACACUAAUAGCCACGUUCAAUACAAAUUUAAGGA